GGAGCGAGCAGGCGAAUCCGGGCGGCGGCGACAAAGCGGGCGGGCGGGCGCGGCGUCGCCUCCGGUCCGUGCGCCGCGGGCGAUGCGUCUCCUGCUCCUGGCGGCGCUCCUGGCUGGCACCUCCUCGCCAGAUGCCUGUGAAGCUCUGAAUGUGACUGUCUCCCCAGGACCCAAGAUGCAAUAUGUGGUCGGAGACAACGCCACCCUCUUUUGCCAUGUUUCUCAAAAAAGACGAAUAGAGAAUUUGCUGGCUGUCCGAUGGGUGUUUGCCGUUCUGCCUACCCAGGAAUAUCUGAUGAUCAAAAUGACAAAAUACGGGGCAGUCCAGUACUAUGGAAAUUACACGCAUCAGUUCUACAAGCAAAGGCUUCGUCUCACGGAGGAGAGACCGAGAACAAUGUACACGUUUUUGAUCCUGAAUCUCCAACAGGCCGACCAAGGGCAUUACAUCUGCAAAGUGCAGGAGAUUGGCAAGUACCGGGACAAGUGGACCGCGUGGUCCAACGGGAGCGCGUCCACGGAAAUCCAAGUGAUUUCAUCCCCAGUUUCAGGUGACUCCACUGCUGAGAAAAACCACAAGACCUGGAAGUUUUUUGAAGACCUGUAUGUCUACGCCGUCCUUGUGUGCUCUCUGGGCAUCGUCAGCGUUUUGCUUUUCACCCUCGUUAUCUUCUGCCAGAGUUGGAUCAACAGGAAACAUUCCCAUGUGAAACACUGCUUGGCGAAGUGUUCCCAGAACAGUUUAGGGGAGGCAGUUACCGGUGUGACGAACUCUCCAGUGCCACCCACAAAAGUCAAAAGGAAGAAGAAGGUUGAGCAACCUCCUGCUAUUCCAGCCAAAGCGCCAGUGUCCAACACUUUCUCCAAGCCGAAGCUUCUGAAGCCACAGAGGAAAGUUCUCCUGCCGAAGAUCGCUGAUGAGAAUUUAACCUAUGCUGAACUGGAACUCAUCAAACCUCACCAGGAUGCUAAAGGCAUUCCCACGAUGACGGUCUAUGCACAGAUUCUCUUUGAGGAGAGUAAGAUGUAGCGAAGGUCCAGAAUGGAUUCUGUUUCCUAGAGCAUAUUUAAUUCUUCCUGUGCUGUUUAUUUAUAAAAUGUCACACAAA